AUGGCGCGAGGAGACGCCCCACAGGACAGCUACCACCUGGUCGGGAUCAGCUUCUUUAUCCUGGGCCUGGGCACGCUUCUUCCCUGGAACUUCUUCAUUACGGCCAUCCCGUACUUCCAGGGGCGGCUGGCAGGGGCCAACACCACCACCGGGACUCUGGACACCAACCACACAGGCCCUGCAGACACCUUCAACUUCAACAACUGGGUGACGCUGCUGUCCCAGCUGCCCCUGCUGCUCUUCACACUCCUCAACUCCUUCUUGUACCAGUGCAUCCCUGAGAUGGUGCGGAUUCUGGGCAGCCUGCUUGUCAUCCUGCUGCUCUUUGCCCUGACGGCGGCGUUGGUCAAGGUGGACAUGAGCCCUGGGCCCUUCUUCUCCAUCACCAUGGCCUCUGUUUGGUUCAUCAACUCCUUCUGUGCAGUUCUGCAGGGCAGUCUCUUCGGGCAGCUGGGCACCAUGCCUUCCACCUACAGCACCCUCUUCCUCAGCGGCCAGGGCCUGGCUGGGAUCUUCGCUGCCCUGGCCAUGCUCAUGUCCAUGGCCAGUGGCGUGGAUGCCCAGACCUCCGCCCUGGGGUACUUCAUCACACCCUGCGUGGGCACCUUCAUGGCCAUCCUGUGCUACCUGAGCCUGCCCCACCUGGAGUUUGCCCGCUACUACCUAUCCAAGAAACCAUCGCAGGCGCCAGGUCAGGAGCUGGAGACCAAAGCCGAGCUCCUCCAGUCUGAUGAGAAGAACAGUAUCCCAAAUAGCCCCCAGAAGGUAGCCCUGACUCUGGAUCUGGACGCUGAGAAGGAGCCAGAGCUGGAGCCAGAGGAGCCCCAGAAGCCAGGAAAACCUUCAGUUUUCAUUGUCUUCCAAAAGAUCUGGCUGACGGCGCUGUGCCUUGUGCUGGUCUUCACCGUCACUCUGUCCGUGUUCCCUGCGAUCACGGCCAUGGUGACCAGCUCCACCAGUCCUGGGAAGUGGAGUCAGUUCUUCAACCCCAUCUGCUGCUUCCUUCUCUUCAACAUCAUGGACUGGGUGGGACGGAGCCUGACCUCCUACUUCCUGUGGCCAGAUGAGGACAGCCGGCUGCUGCCCCUGCUUGUCUGCCUGCGCAUCCUCUUCGUGCCGCUCUUCAUGCUGUGCCACGUGCCCGAGAGGUCCCGGCUGCCCAUUCUCUUCCCACAGGAUGCCUACUUCAUCACUUUCAUGCUGCUCUUCGCUGUUUCCAACGGUUACCUGAUGUCCCUCACCAUGUGCCUGGCGCCCAGGCAGGUGCUGCCACAUGAGAGGGAGGUGGCCGGCACCCUCAUGACCUUCUUCCUGGCCCUGGGGCUCUCCUGUGGAGCCGCCUUCUCCUUCCUGUUUAAGGCUCUGCUCUGAAGUGCUCCAUCCAGAGUUCGCCCACAACUCUC